AUGGCAUUCCCAUUUAUGCGAGCUUUUCUCGCUGUAUUUCUCUAUCGUUAUCUACGUUUGGUGGUCAACCUGUUCUCCUUCUGGACUUUCAAACCGAUUCCUCCCCCCGAAACCCCGAAAUUGACCGCCCAGGAUGUUACGGUAAUCAUCCCGACGCUGGAAGGCUGUGGCGAUGAAUUGGUCGAAACAAUCAGGACUAUCCUCGAAAACCGGCCAUACGAGCUUCUGUUGGUCACCAUCGAGGCCAAUCGAAAGAAAGCCGAGAACAUGCUCAGCUCAAUGCCCGCCUCCAAGUCGAGAAUUCGUCUCUUCACCGUCACUCAUCCCAACAAGCGCCGCCAAAUGACUCGUGCUAUCCCAGAGGUCCGGACGGCUAUCACCAUGUUCGCCGAUGACGAUGUGAGUUGGCCGCGCACUGUCAUGCCUUGGAUUUUGGCCCCGUUCGAAAAGGAUGAGCGAUAUGGUGGUGUUGUUACUUGCCAGCGUUUGCGUCGUGCGACUUCUCCAACAUUCUCGCAGCGCAUCUACAACUUCCUCGGGGCUUUGUACUUGGAGCGACGGAACUUUGAUUGUGCAUCUACAACGCAUAUCGAUGGUGGCCUUCCUUGCAUGUCUGGACGCAGCGUUGCCUAUCGGACCAAGAUCCUUCAAGAUGAAGUGUUCACUUACGCUUUCACCAACGAGGAAUGGUGGUUUGGUAAAUACCAACUGAACGCGGACGACGACAACUUCAUCACUCGUUGGAUGGUUUCUCACGGCUGGGAAACGUUCAUGCAGUACCAUCCCGAGGCCGAAGUCCAAACCACCCUCGAAGACAACCCCAAGUUCCUGAAGCAGUGUGCACGGUGGUCGCGAAGCAACUGGCGCAGUAACCUGACCAGCAUGUUUCAUGAAAAGCACAUCUGGUACCGCCAGCCUUGGAGCGCUUACGCCGUCCAUUUGACUACCCUGUCGCCUCCCGCUCUUAUCAGCGACUUGUUGCUCCUUUUGCUCUGCCACAAAGCCUUCGUGACAUGGGGCGAGGAAUGGCAUACCUUGGCGAUGCAAGCCUUGGGAUUGUGGAUGUUCGUCAGCAAAUUUAUUAAACUUAUCGGCCAUUACAUUCGUUAUCCAGUCGAUGUUUUGCUACUUCCCGUGUCCAUCCUAUUCGGUUAUCUCCACGGAAUUAUCAAAAUAUACGCGGUGCUAACUCUCAAUGUGGUAAGUUCCAAAAUACACAGCCCUCCUUUUCCAUCCUUUCAUUUCUCUUGCAGCGCCCUAAGCUCUUGGGGUGCUGGAUGA